AUGACCAAGAUCGCUCGUACGCGAUCCGUGCAAACGUCUGUGGUUUUUUUGAUUUUGCAUGCGGUUUAUCGUAGGCACCCUUUCCUCAAGUUUUGUCGAAGAAAAUGUAAGUCGGUGGCGCGCAGGAUGGCGAAUUCACUGGACUUGUUCCGCGAGUACUUGUUAAUCUUGAAAAAGCCGCAGGCGGGGCACUCGGACGAGGAGGACUAUCGGGGCUCGUUCGACGUCGACGGCUACGUGCGGCGCGCCGAAACGUGGAAGAUUUUCACCGAUGCUGCUUUCGACGUGGUCGCGCUUAAGGCCUACUUCAAUUCCAAGACGGAUAGCGAACGGUCGGACAUUUUCAAGUUCGGUGUCGCUUGUUUGAUAAGUUUCGUCCAGGCUAAUUUUACGGGGCCGCCGUUCGAUGCUAAAACCGAAGAGUACCUCGGCGGAACGACGUUCGCGGCCGUCGAUUACGCGAAGAUGCUGUCGAUGAAUAACGAGGACAUCAAUUGCAACGCGAAGCACCCCGUGUUGCUGGUCACCGCGAAAAUCGUGUUCGAAUGGUGCAUAGUGCAAAGUGUGGUCAACAUUUGGUGGUAUUGGCGCGCGUUGUACCUGCACCAGCAGAUCCUCGAGGAGUUGAGCCCCACGUUGCUGUCGGACGCGGACAGGUUGUACAAACUGCUCCAGGUGAAUUUCGCGGUGCAAGACAGCACGAAAGUGGCGUUGGACAUAGAGGUGGCGCAGCUCUACCUCUUGUUCAGGCAGCUGCCCAAAGCGAAAGAGCACAUAAUGCUCGCCACCGGCACUCUGAGACUGAAGUACGAUUACGUUGGGGCUUUGGGGAAGCGUACGCGGUUCCAAGAGAAGGAGGUGCCGCAGCUGUUGCUGAAAUCGCUCAGCAUCGGCUCGGAGGAGCGCGAGCUCGACGAUUACGAGGUCGACGACGAGGUGCUACCGAAAAAUUUGCCUCUGAACGACGAGGUGCUGCUCGAGGACGUCAGUUUCGCGAACGGUGUCGUUACAGAGUGCGCGGUUUUGCCGAAUCUGGCCCAGAAACUCCUGCUGACCGUCGUACAGGAGAUGCUCGUGUCGAAGCCCCAGGACGAGCUGCACGCGGAAGAGUUGCAGCCGAUCAUACAGUCGGUGCUAGCGCAGAGGAACUCGUUUUGCGUGCGGGUCGUCGCCCUGUUGUUGCGCUGCAAGUUGGAGAGCAAAAACCGCAGGACCGUAGAAAGGGCGCUGACGCAAUGCGAGGAGGUGCUGCACGCGUUCCGUCGCGAAAAGCCGGACGUAUUCGACCGCGCCGUCGACGUCUUCGGCUGCGGCGUGCAGCCCAUCUGGAAGGUGGAGAACCAGUACGCCGACCUGCUGCUCCUCCUGGGUCUGGUCAAGAACGCGCUCGAAGUUUACCUGCGUUGCCAGCUGUGGGAGGACGUGAUCGUCUGCUACACGAUCCUUCAGCUGAAGCACAAAGCUGCCGAGGUGGUGCGGAAACAGCUCGAACUGAAGCCGACGGUGAAGCUGUGGUGUCUUCUCGGCGACACCACCGACGACGUGACGUGCUACGAGAGGGCGUGGGAACUAUCGAAACGACGCAGCCACCGCGCCCAACGCCACUGGGGCCUCUACCUUUACCUGCACAAGGAGUACGAGGAGUGCAUCCCGCAUUUCGAGAAGUCGGUGAGCAUCAAUCCCCUGCAGAGCAACGUGUGGUUCCGGCUGGGGUACGCCGCCCUCCAGACGGAGAACUGGCAAACGGCGGCGACCGCCUACAAACGGUACACGACCCUCGAGCCCGACGGCUACGAGGCCUGGAACAACCUCGCCCAGGCCUAUCUCAAGUUGGGCAACAAGAGGAGCGCCCACCAGGCACUCCUCGAAGCGGUCCGAUGCAAUUUCGAGCACUGGAAGGUGUGGGAAAAUUUCCUCGAGGUUAGUUCGGACAUCUCGAUGUACUCGGACGUGAUCCGGGCGUACCAUCGCCUCCUCGACCUCAAAGAGAAGUACCUGAACGUGCGCGUGCUCGUCGAUCUAGUCUACGACAUGAUCGACCACACGAUCGACUACGAGGGCCUGCUGGCGUCCCGAUUCCUGCCGAAGACGCGGGAACUGCUCGGACGCGUGCUAUCGAUCUACCCCGCGGAGGCGGAACUGUGGGACCUGUACGCGAAGGUCGCGCCGACCACCAUCCUCAAGGCGCAACGGUACCAGCGCGCGUACAAGGCCUACACGUCGAACGCGAACUGGGUCAAAGACCUGAAGACGUGCCGCGAAGUGAUCUACGUGUGCUUCAAGCUCGCGGAGAUCGCGAUCCUGCCCGAGAUGGACACCAAGAACACCCUCGUCAACUCCAUCAAGCUCAACAUCAGUUCGGCGAUGGCGGCGCUCAAGAAGCAGGACCUCGAGGACACGCGCGAAUGCGUCGAGAAACUGUCUAGCCGGCUCGAGCCCAUUGUCGAGAAACUGAAGAACUGGAACGCCAAGUAGGGGUGUGUGGGAAGCGGUUUCCUUCAUUUUACUUUAUUUUUUUGUUGAACGAGAGAUUUUUUCCUUUAUGUUGAUCACUGAUGAUUAAUAAAAAGUUGUCGUUUUUCUAUAAUCUUGCCGUUUUACAUUGCCU